AUCAUUAUAAUCAGCUGUUCGAGCCAACCGCCGGUUAGACAGUCGAAUUAGUAUUUUCAUUUGACUGUUCGCAUGCUUAAGUAUCCGCACAUUCAUGCCGAAAUUGUAUUAAAAAAUUAUCCACGUUGUGUUUUUUUACCUUUUUUUACUCGUUCAGUGAUUUAUUAUUUACGUUAUCGAAACCGUUAUUUUUUUUAAGUAUCGCGAAGAUCGUCGAAAAAAUUCAAAAAUUUCCAUGUAUUGAAAACGAAAGCAAAUUGACCUAGGUUUUGAAAAAAAAAAAAUCGUAAAACCACAGACAUUCGUAAUGGAAAAAAAUUUACUGUGCGCGGAGUCGUUUUGCUCCGAGGAUAAAAUGGCUGAUAAAGAUAAUGUAAUUUUAGACGACAAUCGCGUACUGGAUCAUCUUUUGCAAACGGAAGUCAUAUACAUGCCGCAGAUACAUUCCAAAAACAGUGACCUUGACCCUACGACUAGAAAGAUCGUAACCAAAUGGAUGUUAGAGGUAUGCGAAGAAGAAGCAUGCCUAGGACCAGUUUUCCCACUAGCCGUCAACUUUUUAGACAGAUUUCUAUGCAAAUGUGAUGUGCCAAAAAAUUUUUUACAAUUAGUAGCUGCAGAUUGUUUGCUGAUUGCCAGUAAAAUACGACAAAGUUCGCCAAUAUCAAUAAAUACGCUUUGUUAUUAUACAGAUAAUUCGGUUACCCCUUGCCAAUUAAGGAAUUUUGAAACAUUAUUAGCAACUAAAUUGAAAUGGGAUUUAGCAGCAGUCACAGCAUUCGAUUUCAUAGAUCAAAUUUUACAAAGGGUAACGUGGUGCAAUAGCAUGCAAGAAAAAAUUGUCAGAGUGCAUUCGGUUACGCUGAUAAAUUUAUGUUGCACAGAUUAUGAAUUCCUGAAUGUGAAGCCUUCGGUAAUAGCAGCCGCUAGUAUUAUGUCUGCCAUGGUGGGAAUUCGAAUAAAAAUAGAUUCGGAUCAUUUAAAACGUCUGUGUUCUCUAAUUAAAGCUAAUCCAUCCGAGGUGGAGAAUAUCGCAUCCAAAAUCGAAAGAAUAGUUAACGAAGAAAUGUCACAUCUUAAUAAACCAGUUUCCAAGAUGGUCGAUUCCAACUCCUCAUCGUUAACCUGCUACGACCACGACCCUUUAUCCAAGUACUCGGGUAUCGAAAACGAACCGAAAAAACCCGAAACCCCGGUCGAUGUGCAGAAUGCAAAUUUCUAAACCGAGUGCGAAUCGAAUAUGUACGACAUAAUACUACAUAAUAUUAUGUACCUAGUUUUAUAAUUAUAUACCUACGUUCGUUUAUUCCCCCUUUUCCCCCUCGUAUAAAUUAUUGUUCCAACUCUUUCGUUGUUUUUUUUUUUUUUUGGUGUCUUUGGGUCGUAUUUGAUAUAUUUUUCUAUCUUUUCCAUCGUGAUCGGAAUUUUUAUAUUAGAGAAAAGAAAGAAAAUCAUAUCGAAUGCAACAAGACAAUUUUUUCGUUCAGACUGUCUUUUUUUUUUUUUUUUUUUUUUUUUUUUGAGGUGUUCGAUCACUCAUUUAUUUAAUACUGAAAAUAUUUCUAAAUAUCUGAGUAAAUUUUAAUUUCUGAAUCGUUUUUAUCGAACCUCUUCAUGUUUUUGUGAUUUUUGUACGACUAAACCGAGUGCUAGUUUCAAAUUGGACGAUUGGAAUAAUUCUAAAUACGCAUGUAAGGAAUUUCUCUCAUCUGUGUAGACAUUUAGACUUGCCACGAGACUUUCCAGACUAUGUCGUAUGAAAAUAUCUAAAUUCGUCUCGAAAUGAGUGGCAACAUGGCUCUGGCUACCGACCUACGUCGUGCACAACUCGCACCCAAAAAAAAUCCCAACACUUUUGGAAAUGAUUUAGCGAUUUGUUCUGUCUGGAGCAUUGAGAAAGAUGACAUUUCUCUUUUAGAAGAAUUUUUAUCCGCUUGUUUUUAAUUUACUUGCUAGUCCAUACUCGUCCAAAACUAACCGAAUAUUCUCGGGUUUAUUUAUACUUAGGUGCCUCAAAGAGUUGGAACGUUUAUUACACUUUUAAAAAUUUGUAUAUAUUCAUAAAACGCUUAUUAUUUUCAACGUAUUAGAGAUAGAGAAAUCGUAUACAUAUAAAUGACAUACCGGAAUUAAUCGUAUAUUUUUUUGUUUCUUAUUUUUAAUUUUACCAUAAUUAUCGAUUUUCUUCCUUAUAUAAAAAUAAUAUCAACUAUAUGAUUUUUAUAUACCUAUAAUUUUUAUAUAAUAUAAAUACGCGAGCGAUUUGAAUAUUAUAUAGAUACCUAUUUACGUAUAAAAUUAUACGACAUACGAUUUUUAUAUUAUCAUUUAUUUAUUUUUUUAACUAUUUAAAUAUAAUAAAAGAAUAUCGUAUUACCAUAAGUAGAUUACCAACUCUAGUCUAAAAAAACCAACACGAAAAUUAUUUUGCAUUAAUCAAAAGAAUUUCAUCGGGGUUUACACAUUAUUUACUUUUACUAUUUAUGUAUAAUAUUAUUAAACAAUUUCUUGGUUUUUUAUAUUUCAAUUGGGUUUUUUGUUUAGAAUGUAAUAAGGUUCGAUUUUUUUUUUUUUACUGUGAAUACGACUGUAUAGAUAUUGUGAAAUUAUUACUAUUAUGUUAAAUCGUAUAGUAAUGAAAUUGUCCAGGUAUAUUAAUUAGGUUUAAUGGCCUAAUUCGCGAUGAAGCAGUGCUAUUUAUAUACAUAUUCGUUUUGUAUAAUUAAUUACUGUACUGAAAUGAUUUUACGGUCGCCAAAUUAAUGGAUAAAAAUAAAACAUUUUUAAACGCA